AUGAUAUUAGAUGUGAAACCGAAUAAUAUCCUCGUGAAUCAUGACACUCAGGAACGGUUUUCCGAAGUCCAACUUGCUGAUCUCGGGGGUACGGUAUCGGUAGAUUCGAAAUGGGCUAUGGAUGGACAUAUAGUUGGGACUUCUUGCUGGCGAAGUCUAGAAGUGUUGCUUGGUAUGCGAUGGGAUACAUCAGCUGAUAUCUGGUCGUUUGGGUGUUCGAUCCUCCAUCUAAUCUACGGCAACCACUAUCCCUUCAACCAGCUCAAUUACGGCGUCACCCUCGACGACGACGAAUACGAUUUCGGGGUUCUCCAAAAACAUCAUCAAUAUCUCGGACCCUUCCCAAUUUCCUUUGCGGAGAUAGCGGAUGAGGGAACGCAGAAUGCGAUUGUGUUGGCGAUGAAAUCGGUUCCGAGAGAGAGGAUGAAACCGUUUUCGAGGAUUACGUAA